AGUGGUUAAAGAUGGCGGAAGCUCCUCCAUGGCCCAGCCGGUUCUUCUGUCACAGAUGCUCCGCAGAGAUUAGCCCUCGUCUUCCCGAGUAUACAUGUCCAAGAUGUGACUCAGGGUUUAUUGAGGAGCUACUGGAGGAGAGAAGUGCUGACAAUGGCUCCAUGUCGACCAUCUCCAGCGGGCCCCAGAACCAGCAACCAUUUGAGAAUCCGGACCAGCACUUGUUUACAUUCCCUUCUGGCUACGGCCAGUUUGCCCUGGGUGUCUUUGACGACCGCUUCGACUUCGGGGCUGGACUGGGAACGGAGGAUAACAGGGAUGCUGAAAACAGGCGGGAAAGGGAAACCGCUUCACGGCAACGAUACGGUGCCAGGCAACCAAGAAGUCGGCACGGCUCCAGGCGACAAACAGGGAGGCCGGAGGGAGUUCCUACUCUAGAGGGAAUCAUUCAGCAACUAGUGAAUGGAAUAAUUGCACCAACUGCAAUGCCAAAUAUUGGAGUUGGACCCUGGGGUGUUCUUCACUCUAAUCCUAUGGAUUAUGCCUGGGGCGCCAAUGGACUAGAUGCAAUUAUAACUCAGUUAUUAAACCAGUUUGAGAACACGGGACCUCCGCCUGCCGAUAGGGAUAAAAUAAAAACUCUUCCUACAGUACAAGUUACAGAAGAGCACGUCGCCUCAGGACUGGAAUGUCCAGUGUGUAAAGAAGACUACAGUGUCGGAGAAAGUGUGAGGCAGCUCCCGUGCAAUCACAUGUUCCACAAUGAUUGCAUAGUCCCCUGGCUGGAACAGCAUGACACGUGUCCAGUGUGCAGGAAAAGCUUGUGUGGUCAGAACACGGCAACGAAUCCUCCAGAACUAUCAGGGAUGAACUUUACCUCCUCUUCUUCCUCCUCCUCGGCCUCCUCCUCUUCCUCGACCCCUCAGUCCUCAAGUUCGGCCAGCAAUGAGAACUCCACUGAUAACUCAUAGAGGGCCGUUUGUCCUCAUCGCCCUAUGAGCUGUUUAUAGCUCCUAGGCUGCUGCUGCACUUCGGAGCGGUGACCUCAGUCUCUCCCUGCUGGAGGGCAGAGACCUGAGUGCAUCUCGCCAGGAGCACUCAAGCCUGAUUCGGGGGGGGGACAAGAGUCCAUGUGUUUCUGCCCGUCCUGUUGCUCCCCAUCUUGGUAAGGGAUCCGAAACAAAGGAAAGGGCUGAGGCCUGGAGUGCAGCUUCUGUCAGGGAGGAUGUAGAGGAGCAUGGAAACUUCAAGAGCCUUGAUCUGCCUGAAUCACCUCACACAGGGAGCGAGAGCAAAAGAAUCCAAAGGUAGAAGACUCGGGAAAACAAGACAGCCGCUGUUCUUUUCUCUUUUUUUUUUUUUUUUUUUUUUUUUUUUAAUCUCCAGACUGUGUGAAAUAUGAAAUGACCCACUUUUGCUAAUGAAGCAAAAAGAACUGAACAUUUAUUCCUUUUUUUUAACAAGUAGUAUUCAUAUCUCACAGAUAAAAUGACCCAAAGUGCACUGUAGUGUACUGUUAAAAGUGUGCACUUAAGUUUCUUCAGCUUGGUUUAGAAUGAUACUACAUUUGACUCCUUUUCUUUCUUUUUUUUUCUUCUCAAAAACAGAAUUCCAAUAGUUUUAUAAAAUGAUUCACUUUCAGAUUACCUGACACCACACAGGUAACAUGGUUUGCAUUUGAAAUGAUGCGGUAAAUUGAAGUAAUUCUGUGCUGUUUGGUUAAAUGAUGCGGAUUCCGUCACUAAAUUACUCGCAUGCGGAUUUUGUUUUGUUAUCUGCAGGCCUAAAACACUCAAACUUGUCAUACCAUUUUCGGGAUUUUAAAGUUAAGAUAAAUUAAAUAUUUUCUGAAGUUGCCAGUUGACUAUUGAUUUGCAGUAUGAUUGUGUCAAAAGAAGUGAAUAAAUAAAUAAAGCUGUUUUGGGUGCUACCACUCAAAAUUCAUGUUAA